AGCCAUUUUUUCUCAAGGCCUCCCAAAACCACGAAAGGCCACUCUGGUGUGGUCGGUUUGUGGUCAUGAAAGUCGCCAUGUUGGGAUCUCGUCUUGGCCGCAUGGCUUUCCGCAGCUUCAGUAGCAAGCCCAAGUGCGUCAUGCUGAACGCCGCGCGGCUGGACUUUGACGGUCGCAUGGACUGGAGCAAAGUGACCAACGUCACCGAGUUCACCAGCUACGACAUCUCCAGCACUGAGGAAAUCGUGCCACGGGCACAGGGCAUGGACAUCGUCAUGAACAAGGAGUUUCCCAUCCCAGGCGACAUCAUCAGAGCGCUGCCGCCAUCAGUCAAGCUGAUUGCCGAGGCGGGCACGGGCUACAACAACAUCGACUUGGAGGCCUGUCGUGAGAAGGGCAUUGCCAUUUGUAACGUCCCGGAGUACACUACAGAGGCGAUGGGCGACUAUGCCAUCACACUGGUCAUGGCGCUGAGUUGUUCCUUAGCACCACAGAUGAAGGCCUUGGCCAAGGGGGAUAGGACUUAUAUGCAUCAGUGCCACUUGGGACACUUGGAUCAUUUCGAGAUCCGGGGCAAGACUUAUGGCAUCAUUGGUGGUUUGGGAUACAUUGCUUCCAACAUCUCCAAGAAGGCGUUGGGUCUGGGCAUGAAGGUCAUUGUCUCGGAUAUGCCAUCGACACCUCUGGGCAUGCGCGACACUGGUGUGGAGGUGGUUUCUUUUGAUGACCUGCUGCAGCAGUCGGAUUUCAUUAGCCCAAUGGUCCCACUGAACAAACACACCGUAGGUCUGCUAAAUGCCGAAUGCUUCGACAAGAUGAAGCCUACGGCAUAUGUCAUCAACACAGCCCGUGGCCCCAUCGUUGAUCAAGCUGCCCUCAUUGAUGCUCUCCGCAAGAAGAAGAUUGCUGGUGCCGCCCUGGAUGUUUUCGGAGAGGGUUCCGCCCCACCCCCUCCACUUCCGGAUGACAGUCCGCUUUAUGAUGUUUUCAAUGAGUUUGAGAAUGUGAUUUUGACUCCACACAUUGGCUGGCAACGUGUUGAAGCACGUCAGCGAGUGGUGGAUGGCUGCGGCGAUAACAUCGCCAAGUUCACUCGGGGAGAGGCAAUGAAUAUCGACAUGAACACUGGCCUACCAAUCAGGUGAUCCGUGAGAAACACAGAUCGAGGCCAAACAUUGAUGAUCAGUGAUUUUCAGCGGACGUGAUUUCAAACGCCGCAAUAAACCAACACAUCAGUUUUCCCCCUUUAAAAUGUGCACAUGAUCCCUCCAAUGUAUGAGUGAUUCACGUGCGCGCAACAGAUCAACACGAUUAAAACCGCAUCAAGCUGUGCCAGUA